AUGAACUCGUCUGAUUCCAGCAGCAACCGGAUCGGCGCUAGAAGAUCCCGGGAUGGCUGUAAGACUUGCAAGAUCCGCAAGGUCAAAUGUGGCGAGGAGAAGCCAACAUGCCGUCGAUGUUCCAGCACGGGCCGUAGAUGUGAAUACGGAGACCUCCAGACGAGAGUCUUGUCUCCUGGCUUCCAUCGAUCGAUAACCCCGGCGAGUAAUUACACUGAGCGUCGCGCCUUUGAAUACUAUGUCCAACAUGCGUCGAAGAGACUCGCUGCCGGGAUGAACCUGGAAUUCUGGACGAAUGUGGCCCCACAGAUCUGCCGUACUGAGCCUGCCGUAUGGGAUGCCAUCAUCUCCAUCAGUGCUUUGUACGAGUACCCCGAUCAGUGCUUGGAUAUGCCGUUGGUAAACUUUCAGCCGCAGAAGAAGCGGCGACUGACGCAAGUUCAGCAAGAGGCUCUGCUUUGGUACUCCCGUUCGAUAUCCAGCCUACAAACCAAAAUCGUGCGCGGUACAGCUGAUGCAUAUAUCGCACUGAUCAGCUGCGUACUCUUUAUAUGUAUAGAGGCGAUUCAAGGCCGUCUGACUGAAGCCCUGCAACUUUACGAUCAAGGCGUGGGUCUGAUUGUGACCUUACAACAGCAGGCCACCGCUGGGACCCUCUCUACCCACAAGGCCUUGUCCUUGGAAAAGAUUCUCAUACCGCUUUUUCUCCGAUUGGGUGCGGUUUCAUUGACUAUACCAACGGUGCAAGUCAGCCAGAUAUUCGCCUUGGCUCAACGAAAUCGAGACUGCCCCGUUUCGUCUCUCGACGCAGCAGGGACUGCGAUCCAUGUACUAUUCGCCGAGACCACAGUCCUCGACAGAGAGGCAUUUCCAUUUCGCAGUGCGCCCGUCCGGGAUGGUAUCGUCGGGGCACAUCUGCUCGCUAAGCAGCAAUCCCUUCAAACACGACUUGAUCAAUGGCUCCAAGCAUACAAUCAUUCCCGUCAACGCUGUCCCCGAGCCGAAUCUCGGCUCCUCAUUUACUAUGUCGCUGCAUCACUAUACGUAUCUACGUGUCUGUCCCAGCGAGAAGAGAUCUACGACUCUUACAUGGCAGAGUUCGCCAGUAUUGUCGAAAAUGCAAGCCAAGCUCUUGUCCUGGAAGCUUCGACCAGCCCAGGCGGUGACGACCCGCCCUUCACCUUUGAGAUGGGGCUCGGUCUCCCAUUGUACCUGACUGCUCUCAAGUGUCGUGAUCCAUACCUGCGGCGGAAGGCCUUGGGGUUAUUGCGUCGAACGCCCCCGAUUCAAGCUUUUUUCAAGUUUGUUCCUGCCGCGUUCGUGGCAGAGACUUGCAUGUACUUGGAAGAACACUAUAACCAUUCGCAAUUGAUAUCGCAAGGUUCCACGACUUCGUCAUCUUCAGGCGUCUCAAUGACACACCCCCCGACACAUUUUCCGUCGAAACAAGAUUCUGCCACGCGUGGGACCCCUUCUCACAUCCCUGAAGAGGCUCGCAUAUGUUAUUGCAACAUCAUACCCGCUCCGAAUGUGGGCUCUUCCGCAAGAACUGGACAACCCACCGACGAUGCGCAUGGUUCCUCGGCGCCGACAUUGGAGAUCUUUCGCAACCGCUAUGAUGCAGAGAGCAAAACAUGGCGUCUGGUUUCUGAGCGUGUGUCGCUAUGA